GGCACUCGAGAAGCGCUUCAUCCACCGCUGAGAGACAUCCCGAGCCAACCUUCCGGAAGCCUCCCCAUCAGCACCAUGAACCCAAGUGCUGCCGUCAUUUUCUGCCUCAUCCUGCUGGGUCUGAGUGGGACUCAAGGGAUCCCUCUCGCAAGGACGGUCCGCUGCAACUGCAUCCAUAUCGAUGACGGGCCAGUGAGAAUGAGGGCCAUAGGGAAGCUUGAAAUCAUCCCUGCGAGCCUAUCCUGCCCACGUGUUGAGAUCAUUGCCACGAUGAAAAAGAAUGAUGAGCAGAGAUGUCUGAAUCCGGAAUCUAAGACCAUCAAGAAUUUAAUGAAAGCGUUUAGCCAAAAAAGGUCUAAAAGGGCUCCUUAACUGGAGUGAAGCCACGCACACACCCCGGUGCUGCGAUGGAUGGACAGCAGAGAGCCUCUCUCCAUCACUCCCCUUUACCCAGUGGAUGGCUAGUCCUAAUUGCCCUUGGUCUUCUGAAAGGUGACCAGCCGUGGUCACAUCAGCUGCUACUCCUCCUGCAGGAUGAUGGUCAAGCCAUGGUCCUGAGACAAAAGUAACUGCCGAAGCAAGAAUUCUUUAAGGGCUGGUCUGAGUCCUCGCUCAAGUGGCUGGGAUGGCUGUCCUAGCUCUGUACUGUAAGCUAUGUGGAGGUGCGACGCCCUUCACCAUGUGCCAUGCCCAGGCUGCUCCCCACACCCUCCUUGUCCUCCCUAGCUCAGGCUCGUCAGUUCUAAGUUUACCUGAGCUCUUUUAUUUCAGAUGUAAGACUACAAAUUUAAGUUUGUAAGGACGAACUUAACCACCAUCUUCCCAAGGGGUUAUCAAGAUACUCAGAGGAACCUGAAAAUGUAUGUGUAAAUACUAUUUAAUGAACGACUGUACAAAGUAGAAUUCCUAAUGUAUUUUUUGUAUGCUUUGCAUUGUAUAUGGAAGAACUUGUGUCAUCAAGUAUGUAUCAAUGGGUAGUUAAAGUUUAUUUUUAAAACCGUCCAAUACCUUUUGUAUUAUGUAACAUUCAAAAGACAAUGUACUGUAUUGAAAGUAGUAAGAGACCCAAAAUGUAAUAAAGUAAUAAUAACUGACAUGAAA